UCACAAUGAGCGGAAGGUGACCUGUAAGCAUCCAGUCUCUGGUCUUCCUUCACAAGACAACUGCAUCUUUGUCGUCAACGAACACGUGACUUCUGCAAAGCUUGUCCACCCCGUUACAGAUCCUGGUACAGUCAACCCUGUUACGGUCAACCCUGUUACGGUCAACCCUGUUACGGUCAACCCUGUUACGGUCAACCCUGUUACAGUCAACCCUGUUAUGGUCAACCCUGUUACAGCCAAUCCGGUUACAGACCCUAUUACAGACCCUGUAUCAAACAGGCCUAAGGCUCCAGAGCAGGCUCCAUCAGAGGAGAGUGACAGAGUGAAGAAGGAGCGCCCGAUGAGCACCAUGAGCGAGGCGUCUAACUUCACAGGAGGGUCAGACUAUAGCACCUACCCUGGCAGCAGCCCCGCCACACGGCCUUCGAGGUCUUACAAAAAGGUCCAUAACUUUGGCAAGAGGUCCAACUCUAUUAAGAGGAACCCCAAUGCCCCGGCGGUCAAGAGCAACUGGCUUUACAAACAGGACAGCACGGGGAUGAAGCUAUGGAAGAAGAGGUGGUUUGUGCUGUCUGACAUGUGCCUGUUUUACUACAGAGAUGAGAAGGAGGAGGGCAUCCUGGGUAGUAUCCUGCUGCCCAGCUUCCACAUCUCCAUGCUGUCUGUCGACGACCACAUCAGCAGGAAAUACGCCUUCAAGGCGACCCACUCCAACAUGAGGACAUACUACUUCUGCACAGACACGGCCAAAGACAUGGAGUCCUGGAUGAAAGUGAUGACGGACGCAGCCCUGGUCCACACAGAGCCAAUCAGAAGACUGGAUAAGUUGAAGGUGGACCGCUGCUGUCCCCAGGAGGUGAACAACAUCCUGAACCACAACCGGGUCUUGACCAGACCAGAGAUCCAGAACAACGAGAGGAACCGUGAGCCGCGCCAGCCCUCCCUCACCUGCAGCAUGGACCGCACGGACGGGGACAGGAAACACAACACCCUCCAGAGAGAGAGGGAACGCUACACGCUGCAGAAAGACGGAGAGAGAUACUCCCUUCAGAAAGACGGGGUGAGCUACACGCUGCAGAGAGACGGAGAGAGGUACCUGUUGCAGAAAGACGGAGAGAGGUACGCCCUGCAAAAAGACGGGGAGCGGUAUUCCUUGCAGAAAGAUGGAGGCGAACGAUAUGCUGUGCAGAAAGAUGUUCAAAUGGAGAAAUACGCACCUCAGAAAGAUGGGGAGAAGUACUUGGUACAGAAAGAUGGAGAGAGAUAUGCACUGCAAAAAGGAGAGAGAUACACCCUCCAAAAAGAUGGACAGACAUACAACUACCAGAAAGGGGUAGAGAGACAAACGUCUAUGACUGAGAAAGAUCGGUCAGAUCGUUAUGGGACCCUUGAUGAAAGACAGAAGUAUAAAACCCUACGGGAAGGAAGUAAGUGUGGUACCCUGAGGGAUGGAGAUAAGUAUGGGACGCUCGAUAAGUAUGGUACCCUUAGGGAAGUGGAUAAGUAUGGAACCCUCCGUGAAGGGAACAAGUAUGGAUUCCAGAGGGAUGGCAGUGCUGAGAGGCCUCUGACUAAAAUCAACAGCAUCAAGCUCCAACCAGCCCAGGCAGCAGCCAUCGCAGCAGCAGUUACAGCCUCCCGCCAGUUACAGGUCUCCCAGCACAUGGCCCCACCACAGGUCAACGGCUCUGGGGAGCGGGCUGGGGACCACAGCCCAGGGGAGGUGGUAGGCACCCUGGGGAGAGGAGCAGGAAAGGCCCAGGAGCCACCUCAGAACCAGACCCAGAACCAGCAGGCCCAGGAGCCAGAGAAGAGUCUGACCAGAACAAACUCCAUGAGGCAGCUGGAGAACUGGGUUAGGACCCAGAGGACACAAGAGGAUGACGAUACCAGGAGCAUCACCUCCUACCAGACCUUGCCCCGCAACAUGCCCAGCCACCGUGCCCAGAUCGUUCCCCGCUACCCRGAGGGCUACCGUACCCUCCCCAGGAACAUGCUGUCCCGACCUGAAAGCAUCUGCAGCGUGGCCGGCUCCGUCUACGACCGCGCCCUGGCUCCCACAUCCAACUCAGACAAGAGGCGCUCCAUGAGGGACGACACCAUGUGGCAGUUGUAUGAGUGGCAGCAGAGGCAGGCCUUCUCCAGGCAGGGCCCYCCACCACCAGGCCACUACGGGACCCUGCCCAGCCCCAAGACCAUGGGGAACAUCUCUGUGCACCAGGGGGUGGCCCACUCCAUCCCCACAUCCCCCUCCCAUGGAUCCCUGGCCCUCUACCACACCUUCUCCCCUCCGGGCCAGCACCGCAGAGACAACCCACCAGGGUCUGAGAGUGAGGUCCUGUCUCAUCACCUUCAGAGGAACCUCAUGUAUCUGGACAGCCAGACGAAGGACAAUGAGCCGUUAAUCUUCAUGAUUCACACUAUGAUUGAGAACUCUGCUCCAAGGCCUCAACUGUACCAGCAAAUCAGCCCUGAGGACUACAAAGACAACUCCUACAGCCACCAGAGGCCAGAAGACAUCGACAUAGACACUAAGCUGAGCAGACUAUGUGAGCAGGACCAAGUGGUGAGAACACAGGAGGAGAAACUACAGCAACUACACAGAGAGAAGCACACCCUGGAGACGGCUUUGCUGUCUGCCAGUCAGGAGAUAGAGCAGAGCUCUGACAACCCAGCAGCCGUACAGAGCCUUAUACAGCAGAGAGACGUACUGCAGAAUGGACUGCUCAGUACCUGUAGAGAACUGGCACGGGUCAACACUGAGUUGGAGCGGUCGUGGAGGGAGUAUGAUAAAAUGGAGUCUGGCGUCUCUCUGGCCAAAACCAACCUGUUGGAACAGCAGAGACCCUGGGCAGCCCACAGGAAGUCUCUCUCACUCUACAGAACCUCCCAGCCAGCAGCAUGUCCAGAUCAGAAGGAGCUGUGGAGGAUCCAGGAUGUGAUGGAGGCUCUGGCCAAGAACAAACCCCAGAGGACCACUGACACUGCCCCCCGCCCACCCCUGCCCCAGUCCUACGGCUCAACAGAGCGCCCUCCCGCUGUACCCCCCCUUCCCUCCCCCUCGGGCACCCGUCCGCCACCACACACAAGCAAGCACGGCCAGAGGAACGGAACACACAGCAGUCAAGGCCCAGACUACCGUCUGUAUAAGAGUGAGCCAGAGCUGACCACUGUAGCCGAGGAGGUGGACGAUAACAACGGAGAGGACAAUGACAAGGACAGACUACAGACAGGGCUGACCACAGACAAGGAGCCUGCGGCCACUAAAGUCCCAUUAGGAGUACCAGUCUACCCAGUGGGUAUCGUGCCAUCCAGGACCAAAUCCCCCAUGAGCCCCCCAGAGUCCUGCACCAUCGCCUCCUACGUCACCCUGAGGAAGAGCAAGAAGCCUGACCCCAGGACUGACCGUCCUCACAGUGCGGUGGAGCAGACAUGCGGACCGGGGGAGCGGGAGAGCGGCAGAGCCAGGAUGAGUGUAGAGGAGCAGCUGGAGAGGAUCAGGCGACACCAGCAGGCCUCGCUCAAGGAGAAGAAGAGAAGUAGCAGCAGUAUUUCCCCCUCACGCUCGCCAUCCUUCUCCAAGGAGAACCCCUUCAUUACACAGGUCAGGCGAGAGGUGGUGUUCUCCACAGACACCCAGGAGCUGGAGGCAGCACUGCAAGACCUGGAGGAGGUCAGAGACCGAGUUACAGAGCAGCUGGAGAGGGACAGGACUGCAGCRGUGGKGCUGGAGAGAGACCGAGGUGCAGAACUGGAGCUGGAGAGAGACAGGGCUGCAGCAGCUGCUGAAGAAGAAAUGGAGAGGGGUCGAGCUGCAAUAGAAAAGCUGGAGCGAGACAUGACUGAGGUGGCUGCAGUGGUGGAGCAGGAGAUGGCCAGGACUGCUGUGGCUGUAGAAGAGGAGAUGGACAGGGCUGCAGAAUUGGAGCUGGAGAGAGACCGGGCCGCAGUAGCAGCAGCUGCAGAAGAAUUGGAGAGAGCUAGAGCUGCAGCUGAAGAACUAGUCAGAGAGAGGACUGCAGUGUCUUCAGAAGAGGCGCUAGAUAUUGACAAGGCUGCAGUGGUGGAGCUGGAGAUGGAAAUCACUGUGGUGGAAGAGAUCAGCUACAGAGCUGAGGAGGUGGAUGUCAUCCCUGUCCCCAGGCUGAGUGAGGAGGAGCCACAGCCCCAGACGGAGAGCUCCAACAUGGACACAGAGGUGUCAGAGACCCAGAUGAUGGUGAUAUCAGAUCAGGGUMUGAAGCCCCUGUAUGUUCAGUACCUGAUCCCUGGACAACAUCAACAGCAGGGGGAGAGGGAGACAGAGAGGAGAAACACCCACACUCCCAACACCCUCAUUCCCCACAACAGUUUGCCAGCUGCUGUGUCAGAAGCACUGACUCCUGAACCUGAGGAGGAUGUGAUGCAGAGUGAGGCGAUGCGAGGGGAGGCCCCGGAGCAUGAGACCCAGGGGAACAACAUUGACAUAUCCUAUGAACUACCAGCAGAGGGAGCUAAACUCAACAACAACCUGAUGGCAGUGAAAAGCCUGCCCUGUCCGCCCCAGUCCUCCUCUCCUUCUCCUCCUCAACUCACUGACGGAUCCCACUUCAUGUGUGUGUAGACGUGUCGAGGAGGUGGUUAUGUGAACUGAACUACACUCAACAUUGACCUUUGUGAGCAGUGACUCAUAAGCGAUGCCAGUCUGAAGAUCCAAGAUGGCAUCCUACAGAGCCAAGAUGGCACCAGCCAGCCUGCACAGAGCAUGCCCAGUAGCUCUGUGUGUAUACAGUAGAAACGACUGUAGCCAGACAGACAGAAAGAGUAGAUGCACAGGCCUGCUCGUAUUACUUACUGCCUGCCUACACAAUAACUGCGAUACAAAACUCUCUCAUUCACACAGAGAUCUCAGAGGACAAGAUAGUAUUACAGAGUGAUAAUUGAUUAUUAUUAUUACAGGUAUUAUGAUGGUCUGUUAUUUUGGACAUGUUCUGUGAGGAUGCGUUGAGUGUCUGAGCUGAGCACUGCUGUAACGAGGAGAGGACUGUACAGUU